AUUUCCCCCGUGUUACUUCUAGUGGGAAUAUAAGGUGUUCUUAAAGUGCCUGCUGUUCUGGAUGAAGAUGACUGGCGCGUAUUGCUGGUUUUUGGAGAGCCUGGUGAUGUUUGCGUUUAUAGCGGUGUGCGCCGUGGAGUUUUGUGCUGCUAGUGCUAUUCCCGGUGUCACUGCUUUCGCUGUUUCUGGCCCACCAACAAACCCUGCACCUGUCCGACGGAAAAACGGAACUGUGGAAGUAAUUGACCGGAUAUAUCACGCAGACGGCAGAGUGGGGUAUCUUAUGUAUAUGGACGGCAGAAAAUUUCAGUUGGACAUGGAAAGGGACGAGGGUCUGUUGUCUCGACACUUCCGCUCAAAGUAUGUCGACGCACUACAUUGGACUGGUGAAGGCAAACGAAAACUACAGGAGGAGUGUGUUUACCGUGGCACUGUAAACUCCAAGCCCGAAUCUUUGGCGCUAUUCAAUUUGUGCGGCGGCGGGCUGGACGGCUUCUUUGCAGUGGAGCGCGCGCGCUACACCGUCAGACCGCUGAUCAAGGCGAAAGGACGCGAGCCCUACGUUCACGCGUUGGAGAAUGCCGCCAUGGAGCGCGCUCGACACAAUUUUUCUCGGGAAGGUUUUAGUUUCGAGGCUAUGGCAGCGCACAAGCGCUGUGACACAGAAGAGAAGCCGUGGCAUAGGCAUGAUUACGCGAAACAUCACACCAAGAGAAGGGACAACAGGAAGAUGACCGUCCGUAGUCUUUCUGUAGAUACAGACGAACGCCGGACGCACAGCCCAAGGUGGCGGUUCCCUGAGCCACUUUCUCACUUAUCAGGUAAAAGGCGCAAGAGGUCGGUGUCACGCGCCAGGCACGUGGAACUGCUUUUAGUAGCCGACGAGUCCAUGAACAAGAAGUACGGCAAGGAUUUGCACCACUACCUCUUGACGCUAGCCUCGAUAGCAUCUAAACUGUACGGUCACGCUAGCAUAGAGAACCCCAUCCGCCUGUCCGUGGUGAAGGUCGUGGUGGUUUCGGCUGAGGAGAAGGGACUGGUGAUCUCCAAGAACGCAGCGGCUACGCUCAAGAGUUUCUGCAAAUGGCAGAAUCAGCACAACCCAAUGGGCGACGAUCACCAAGAGCACCACGACGCCGCCAUUCUCUUCACCAGACAGGACCUGUGUGGGCAUCACUCCUGUGCCACGCUGGGCAUGGUGGACGUGGGCACCGUCUGCUCCCGCCAACGGAACUGUGCCGUGAUCGAGGACGACGGACUACACGCCGCUUUCACCCUCGCCCAUGAGAUUGGACAUCUCCUGGGUCUGUCCCAUGAUGACUCUCAGUUCUGUGAGGAGCGCUUUGGCUCCAGUGAGGAGAAGCGGCUCAUGUCCUCCAUCCUGACCUCCAUCAGCGCCUCCAAACCCUGGAGCCUCUGCACCUCCACCACCAUCACCGACUUCUUCGACGAUGGGAAUGCGGACUGCCUGCUGGACCCCCCCCUCCAGCCGCUCCGGGGCCCUGAGGAGCUGCCGGGGCAGAGGUACGACGCAGUGCGCCAGUGCCGCCUGGCGUUCGGGGCGGAGUACACGGUGUGCCCGGGCAUGGACGUGUGUGCCCGCCUGUGGUGCGCGGUGGUCCAGCGGGGCCGGAUGGUCUGCCUCACCAAGAAGCUGCCCGCCGCGGAGGGCACGCCCUGCGCCAAGGCCCGAAUCUGCCUGCAGGGCAAGUGUGUGGACAAGACCCGCAAGAGACAGUACACGGCGUCCCACCAUGGCAGCUGGGGUUCCUGGGGGUCGUGGGGUUCGUGCUCUCGCUCCUGCGGUGGGGGGGUACAGUUCUCCCGCCGUCUCUGCAACAGCCCCCCACCCCGCAACAACGGCCGCUACUGCACUGGGAAGAGAGCCGUCUACAGAUCCUGCAACACCACACCCUGCCCUGCACCGGGUAGGAGUUUUCGGGAGGAGCAGUGUGCCGCGCGGAACGGGCAGCAGGUCGGCCUGAAGGGGGCGCACACGUUUGUGCCCAAAUACUCUGGCGUCCCGCCCCGGGACGUGUGCAAGCUGACCUGCCGCGCCAGGGGCACCGGCUACUACAUGGUGUUUGCCCAGAGGGUGAGAGACGGUACGGAGUGCCUGCCCUUCAGCAGCUCGGUGUGUGUGAGGGGGAAGUGUGUGCGCACGGGCUGCGACGGGAUCAUCGGCUCCAGCCUGCAGUUUGAUAAGUGUGGAGUGUGUGGAGGAGACGCCACUGCCUGUGUCCUAGUGCAAGGCAGCUUCACCAAGAGGAGUAAGAACUACACGGAUGUGGUGAAGUUUCCGGAAGGCUCCACCCACAUUAAGGUGCGCCAGCACACGCCCAGAGGCCAGCCUCGCUGCACGGCGUACCUGGCGCUGCGCCGGCCGGGCGGAGCCUACCUGCUCAACGGGCGUUUCCACGUCAGCACGUCCGAGACGGCCGUCCCGCUGAGCGCGCUGCUGCUCAGCUACAGUGGGUGGAGCCAGAGGGGCGACGCCCUGCACAGCGUGGGGCCCCGGGCCCUGGGGGAGGCCCUGACCCUGCAGGUCCUCGCCACCGACCCCAAGCAGCCGCUCGACGUGCGCUACAGCUUCUACAAGCCCCGGAAACCUGCCCCGCCCUCAUCCACUGCCCCGCCCAGAACUCCGCCCACCUCCACAGCCCCGCCCGCGGCCCCACCCAUGGCCCCACCCUCAUCCACAACCCCGCCCAUGGCCCCGCCCGCAGCCCCGCCCACCUCUGCUGCUUCGCCAGUGGCCCCACCCAUGGCCCCGCCCUCAUCCACAGCCCCGCCCAUGGCCCCGCCCGCAGCCCCGCCCACCUCUGCUGCUUCGCCAGUGGCCCCACCCAUGGCCCCGCCCUCAUCCACUGCCCCGCCCAGAACUCCGCUCACCUCCACUGCCCCUCCAGUGGCCCCGCCCUCAUCCACUGCCUCGCCCAGAACUCUGCUCACCUCCACUGCCCCGCCCAGAACUCCGCCCAGCUCCACUGGCCUGCCCGCUGCCCAGCCUGCUACCCCACCCACUGAAGAAAAUGUCCAUCAUACUCGGACAGCAGCACUGCACUGA